AUGCUAAGGACUCUAAGAGCUAUAAUUAGCAAUGAAAGAUCUCACUUUGUAAACAAAUGUCUUAAGUGGUUGCUUGACAAGUAUGAUGUGAAGCACAAAAUAGCCAUUGCCUAUCUUCCACAGUCAAAUGGGCAAUUUGAACGGGUGAACCAUGAGAUCAAAGGAAUCUUUGAGAAAGUGGUUCAACCUAACAUAAAAGAUUGGUCUCGAAGGCCUGAUGAUGCUCUAUGGGCCUAUCGAAUAGCUUUUAAGACACCGUCAAGAAUAACUCCUUAUCGGUUGAUCUUUGGAAAGACAUGUCAUUUUCCGCUUAAGUUAGAAAAUAAAGCUCACUGGGCUUUGAAACAAUUCAAUGUGGAUCUAAAGUAA